UGGUGGGAGUCCAUGUAUGCAGGAGCUGAUGCAUCUCUUUUAUGGAGCUGUAUUCAAUUAUUUUCUUAUUUUAAAUAUCAAACCUUCUGCUUUAUUGAUCUGUUUCGAAACUUUACGCACUUACAGCGCAGGUUGUGCCAGAACCUCUGCAGAUUAGUCGAUGGACGGUGUAUUAUUUUUUUUAAUCAUCUCUGUUUUAUUUUAAACUUGGUUGUUGCUCGCAUAUAAUAUAAAAGUGAUUUGUCGUAUUUAUGGCGUUCUCGCUAUGGGACGAUACGUGGAAAUAGUCUGGGGGUGUAAUGAGCUGCUUGGAGGUGAGAGAGGCAGAAGAAACGCCUGUAUCAAUCCGAGACAAUAGGACGUGCAGGGGAAGGCAAGGCAGCGUUGUUCACCUUGAGAUGAACAUCUUAUCAACGCAGCCAGACAGGACAACACACCUCCUCCACCGCAGCUCACGAGCUCUAUGGACUGUUGCAGCAAUCACGAUGCAAUCAAACAUACUGAAUGUGUGUCAUGCAAAUGCAUUUUUAAGGCGGUCCUGGUGGUGAACGGCGGCUGCUGACGCUGUGGGUGAAUUAAUGCUUUAAAUAAAACAUAACCUGAGCUUUAGUGAGGAGUGACCGACGUAGGCCUGUAGUCACCGGUGGGCUGCGUGUCCGUCAUGAAGUGCUCUCCGCUUAUGAUGCAUAUUAGGCCUAUAGGCUGUCCCAGGCUGAUCAAUGGAGCUGAAGUUGAGCCUGACUCAGUGGGCUCGUGGACGCCUUGCUGCUCGUGUGUAUCUGCAGUGACUUAUUUUAUGGGCUGCUAUCAGUUUUUAUAUCGAGACGAUUUCAUCUUUAUGCAAAGGGGGGGACCUGGAUUUGACAGAAAGAAAAGAUGAUCGGGGGCAACGUUUUUGGCUGGAGAAGCCUGCGAUCGACCGAAUGCACCACAUAGAUCUAAAGGAAAGGAUUAUUAUAUGGGUUGCAUUUGAUUUUCCUGAGCUGUCCUAUCCGGAUUUCGGAUUACUAAACAUUCUUCGGAAUGGAAGGACGGGAUUUCGCUGCCCCGGCGCACCUCCUCUCAGAGCGGGGCGCCCUGGUGCACCGAGCCGCCUCUCGGAUCGCUCCCUCGGGCCACAGCUCUGUGCAGCACGCCGGCCACUUCCCGCCGGGGAAAUACUACCCCUCGCACAUACCAAUGGCUCCCCACUCAGGCAGUGGACUGAUGGGCAACUCCUCCGCCUCCUUCAUGGGGACCUUUCUGGCCAGUAGCCUGGGUUCCCCGCCCUCCCACCCGUCUCACGCCUCCCGGCCGUCCUCCUCGCCCUCGUCGCCCUCCUUCCGCGGCGGACCCCAUUCCAGCGCCUCGCAAAUCUGGUUUCCCCAUUCGCAUGAAGCGGCUCCAGGGUAUCCUCGAUUCUCAGGGAGUCUGGCCCACACGUUCCUUCCCAUGAGCCACUUGGAUCACCAUGCCAACAGCGGAGUUCUCUAUGGGCAGCAUCGUUUCUAUGACACCCAAAAAGAGAACUUCUACCUUCGAGGUCUCCCAUCCCAGCCUCCUCUCAUCUCGGCCAAUCACAGUUUGCCUCCAAUGUCCAGGGCAGGUUCAGGUCACUCUCAGGGUUCCUGCAGCAGAGACAGAGAUGCAGGUGUAGGGACAGGUCUGCACAAAGGUCUCAAAGAGGGUUCUGUCGAGAGGGGCGUGGUGCCGGUCAAGGACAAGGAGAGGUCCAGUAGCAAACAAGAGGCAAAGGACAGACAGCAACAGCACCACAGUCACCAGCCACCCCAGCCCACACACCACCACCAUUCCCACUCUCUUCAGCAGCACCCACACUAUUCACAACACCCACAGCCCCUGGAGGAGGUCAACAGUCGAGCCUUAGAAAGGCAUAAGACAUCACUCGCAAUGGAGUACAACAAGGAACACCCUCAGAGUAUCGGCAAGUCCCUCAGUGCCUGCUUGCACAACAGCAAGAUGCAAAAUGGAGAUGCAGGACCUGGAGCAGGGGCUAAAGCCUCCAUGUCCAGUUGUGGCGGGGAUGGCACAGCUCUUGGGGCUAUAGUGGGGAGCAGCCAGGUUCGGCACAUGGGUUCUAGUGAUGGUAUUCGCUGCACAAAAGAGGGUAUAAGUGGAGAGAUGAGAAUCAGUGAACACCCUUCAGACUGUCUGGAAAGGGGUCAGGCACCACUUCACCACUCUCUACCCUACUCAGUACCCCCACCCUUACACAUGGCUGCUGCCGCGGGGGCACACCCCCAUCCACAUCCCCACGCUCACACACAUUCCCAUCCAGGAGGCUUUGCCUGUCUUCAGCUUCAUCCCAGCCACCCGCACCACCCGCACCAUUCCCACCAUACACACCACCACGCAGAUUUCUUCUGCGCGCCCACCUCCACUCCUCUAGCCAACCCUGCCACACAUGAGAGGGGGCCGGCCAAUGUGGGGCGAGAACCCAAAGUCACUGGGCCAACGUUUGUGCCAUCUGUAGCUGACAUGGGGGACAAACCCAGUGGGCCAUUCCAGCCUGGUAACCCUGACUGCCAAGGUGUGGGCAGUGGAGGGGGAGGCAGUAAUAAUAAGGAAAAGGUAAUGGAAAAAAAUGGAGGCAAUGGGCAUCAUAGCAGUUGGCACAGGAAACAGCCGCAGCAACAGCAGCAACAGCAACACUCAUACAGAAAGGCAGAGAAGGCUUCGGACUGGAUACACUCCCACCAUCAACACCUUCAGCCCUCACAACUCCCUCCGCCUCCUCAGCUGCAACAGCCUCCUCAUCCGCAACAGCAGCACCAGGUUAUACGAUCACGCAGUGCUGAGUGCAUCAACAGUUCGGUGGAUAUGGAUGUGUUCAGAAACUCAAUGCCCCAGGGGCCCAAGACUGGUAACUCUGUCCCUCAUUCUGUCAACAAUUCUCCUUACAGAGACUGUUCCCAUUCAGGACCCCCACCUAACUCCUCUCCACUUGCCAAUAAAAGCAUGGGUCAACAUAGUGGCCCAGGUCCUGGAGGUAGCUGCUCCUUACAGAGAGAUGGACAAAAAGUAGCCAGGAUACGCCACCAGCAACAUGGCCGACCUGCUUCUGAUGCCCCUUCGCCUGCUGAGUUGAACCAGGCAACAAGUCAGGAGAUGAAAAGAAAAAUGGACAUGUCUCCUUAUGGUUAUAGUAACAGUGGGCAACACCACCACCAGCAGCCCACAGUACCUCCAUGGGCUAUGAGGCCUCCCCACCACAUGUCACAACCUGAAGAGGAGCAGAGAAAGUCCUACAUGGAGUUGGGCAGCACCGGUGGGCAGCACUCACAACCACAACAACAACAGCAACAACCGGGAAUGAGCCUACAACCCCCACAGGCCCCCCCUGCCCCCUCCCUCAGUCAGCAACAGCAGCAGCCACAACAACAACUUGAGUCCCAGGGACCAACUCAAGGAGAGAGCAGUGCCAUGAAAAGCUUACUGAAGUACAGCAACCAGCAACAGCCACUGCUCCUCUCCCAGAAAAGCCCCUUUGGGGGUCUAGGAAGCCUCAAAUCUGGUCCUGCUGGGGGCAGCUGUGCCCUCCAGGGCAACAAACAGACUCUACCUUCAAGGAAAGGCCCGGCUAAUGACAAUGAGCGCCCUGAUUACAGCGGGCGAGGCCGAGAUAUGGGGGAGUCAGGUCAUGGGGAAAGCGAGGUGCGUCAGCCACCAGUAGGGAUUGCAGUGGCAGUAGCCAGACAGAGGGAGCCCCCGUGUCGCUCAGCAGACAGCCAUCCCAACAACCGACAGGGCAGAGUCCAUCCUUCUGUGAAAGGACAAACUCGCACCAUGUAUCCUUCAGAUCCUACAACUGAGGAUGAGAGGAAGAGGAUGAGUGGGGAGCAGAUAGGGCUGGCUUGCUUGGACAGGGAGAGAGAUGCAUACAUCAGGGAUAAUAAAGAAAGGGUGGAGUUUGCGAGGAUCCACCCCACCAACAGCUGUCACGGAGACCUCGCUUCUCAUCUCAUGGUUCCUGGAGGGACUUCUCUCCAGUCUGGCCAAUUAGGAGAUCCUGCUGCACAUUCUGCUCACCAUCACUGGAUGCCAAGAACUGGAAGCCCAUCUCUCUGGAUGACAGGACACUCCUAUGCAGGUAUAGGCCAUACAGGCCUGCACCAGAAUCUGCCCCCAGGUUUCUCUGCAGCCAUGCCAGGUCCUCUGCAACCAGUUCUGCCUCUGCCGCAGGACCCCUCUGCCCAGCUGGUGGUCCUGCCUACUGAGCCUGCUGCAUCCCAUCACCUGGAUGUGAUGGAACAGCCAGGGCUAUGGCCCCCUGUGUACGGCGCCCGGGGCCCACCCUCCCACAUGCAACAUCCUGCUGUGUACUCCCGUUCCCAGUUUCUACGGCAACAGGAGCUAUAUGCUCUACAGCAGCAUCAACAGCUCCAGCAUCAACAUCAGCACCAGAGCUACCAGUCACAACAACCACAGCCACAGUCACAACCUCAGCAGCAGCAGCAGCAGCCGCAGCCGCAGCAGCCGCAGCAACAGCACCAGCAGCAGCCGCAGCCGCAGCCGCAGCACAGAGCCACACAUGGCAUGGACAUGCAACAUCAGGCCACUCACAAUGCACAGAUGCAGAAGAGGCCAACCGAGCCUUCAGUUGAGCUUGAGGAACUCAUACUGGAAUCCAGGACGUCCAAACCUGCCAAGCCCUACGCUUACAACCCGCCUCACAGGAACACCCCCCCCCCUGGGGCCUGUGCUGCCCAUCUGUCCCCGUGCUGCCAGUCGCCCUCAGUGCGGGCGCUUCCCAAGAGCACCCCGUCGACCCCCUGCCCCGCCCCCAGCCCCGCUGCAGCAGCCCCCCACUCGCCCGCCAUCAGCCCCGCGUCCCCUCAGAUGCCCAAGGGCGCUGAAUCUCAGGACAAGAGAGUUGAGGGACAGCCCCCGCGGGACUACCCGGAGUCCCUGGAGCCUGACUUGCCUCCUGGAUACACAUACCCCGCUAUUUCCAUGGGCUACAGGAGCGGCCCUUCCCCCCAGGAUGUCCAGCUGGCUGAGCCAGCUGACCUGGAAGCAGUCCAAGUGGAGCCUGCUGAGCGUGCCCCCCAGACUCUCGCCAGCCUCGGGGAGGAGCUGGACUGCCAAGCAGUGGUCAGGCCGCUUCCAGAGUCACUCUCACCCAAGGAAGUAGAGCAGGAAGAGGAAAUGGUGGCCGACAGAGUUCUGGAACGGAGAGGUGACGUUGAGGUUUCAUCAGUAACAGCAGCCAACUAUGUGCCUGGAGAGGAGGCGGCAGAAGAGCAGGGGCCCGCAGAGGAGGAGGUGCUGGUUUGCCCCCCAGCCGAGAGCCCAGUGUGUGAGGCUGCUUCCUGCCCAGUCCCCCUCCCCGCAGAUGAGCCUCCGAGGCUAGGCGAAGUCAUCACCUUGGAGGAGGAUGAUGCGGUGGGUGAGGUGAGCCCGGUGCAGAGCGCUCCGAAGGCCGGCGCGCCCAAAGAGCAGGGGGCGGGGCCGCCCACCGUCAUCGAGCUCGACCCCGCUUCUCCCACGGUCCCAGAGUCACGGGCUCCAGCCGCCGAGGAAGCAAAGGCCGAUGGGCAGAGGAAUAAUAUUGCUGACGCUCCGGUGGAUUUUGUGUGCCUUUCCCCGGGCUCGGCCUCCGCUCCGAGUCCAGGCCAGGCCACCGUGCCCCACAAACCCCUUGUGCCCUGCUACUGGAGCCUGGAGCUGCUGAUCGCCGCGGCCUUCUGCACAGACGUACCGCCGUUCCCCCUGCUCCCCUUUAGCAUGCCGGCAGCCGCCCCCCCCCAGCCCAGCUCCCACCAGGGUAUGGAGCUUCUGAGCGAGCUGGCAGACCUGGAGCUCCAGCAGCAAAUGCGUAGCAGUGGGAAAAGCCACGAAGACGAGUUGCUGAUGUUCGGCCUCCAAAGCCUCGCUACCCUGGCCACAGCCCGUGCGUUAGAGAUGGAUUCCCAGGAUUGCAGCAGCGUGUCUUCAGGAGGACAGCUUCCAGCUCGCAAGAUCCUCAAUUUACGUAGGAAAUGCAGCUGGACACCUCGCAAUGAACCGGUGUGUCCAGCUAAAGGCAGCAUGGAAACAAUGGAUGGUCCUGAGCUUGCGAUGCGUGUGAAGUUGGCUGAGCUGCAGCGUCGCUACAAGGAGAAACAAAAGGAGCUGGCCAAGCUUCAGAGGAAGCACGAUCAUCAGAAGGAGGAAACACCUCGCAGCCCAGCGAGACGAGGACCGGGACGGCCAAGGAAGCGGAAACCCACCCUCUCUACAGGUCCAGUGUCCUCGUCUGAGGGCCAAAGAAAAGUCAAGUCGAUGGGGGCGGGGCUUGCCUUGUCGCCGGAGGACCUGGGAGCGGGCGGAGACGGCCAGAGAAGGAAGAAGAGGCUGUCCAGUCGAAGCUUUGAGCGUCUUAGCAGCACACAGCAGAUAAAAGUGCAGAGCUGCAGGAAAAGCAGUUUCCAGAGCGCGCUGGGCUCCAAGCUGGCCGGCGACGUGGCCCAGCUCAAGCAGAGGGCCCAGGUUAAAAAGAGCCUCCCGGCGAGCAGCUCCAGGGACAAGGAGGUGUCGCCCUGCAACUCCAACCCCAAGCACGGGUACAGGAGCCAGGUCACAAACAAAGUCGAGUCCCGGCGAGAGUCGGGGGGGCAGAGCGACACAGCAGCCAGCGUGGACAGCGGCCCCCAGGAGAGCUGGCCGGCACUGCUGCGGCGCGGACACAAAAGGGCCUCGGCCUCAUUGACGCAGAACGCCUCCUGCUCGGGCCGGCCCAGAGCGAGGGUCCUGCGUGGCCAGAGGGGCGAAGCGACGGAGGACGGGGAGAGCUCACCGGCGGAGAGCGAGUCCUCUGAUCAAGACGAGGAAGAAGAAGACGAAGAUCAAGAGGAGGAAGAGGGCAGUUUUGAUACUGAUGAAGGUCAAGAUUACAGAGUCCAAUCCUCCAAGGACACCACUUCCAGCUCCUCCCUGACAGGUCCAAGCCCGUCAUCUGUCGUGAAGCUCGAAGCCAAUCAGAAAGCCAGGAACAAAAAGCAGAGACAGGAGCUGUACGGCACUCAUAACCUAUCUGGAGCAGAGGGGGAGGUCAAAAUAAAGAAGAAACCCCCCUGUCUGUCCAGUGGAGUGAAAAAGUACCGUGAAGACCACUGGCCCCUGGGGGCGAGACAGCCGCGCGGCCUCCGGGGUAAGGAGCCCCGCUGGGGCAGCCUGGGAAACAGAGGCAACCGCUACCGGAGGAGCACGGGGCUGGCCACCUUCCCCACCACCAGCGAGAGGCUCAAUAAGGCAACACGCAAGAACACGGCGCUGAGGGGAGCGAUCGCUAAGAGGAGAAGCGGCUGGCCGAGCGCAUCCAUGUGCUCCCAAGGCAUGGAGGCUGGCAGAAGCCGGAGGAGCAAGGACCAACAGCCGAAGGGACGAGCGGUGAGUCGGCUGCUCGAGAGCUUUGCCGCUGACGAGGGCUUCCAGAUGGAUGGAAGCAGCUUCUCGGAAGAAGAGGACAGCAGCUGUUCAUACAAUAACAAAUGCCCCGACUUCCCCAACUGUGUGCUGACCAAAGAGCUCCUAACUGACGGACUGAAGGUGCUGAUCUCCAAGGAGGACGAGCUGCUCUAUGCUGCCAGGGUCCACACCCUGGAGCUACCCGACAUCUUUAGCAUUGUUAUUGAUGGUGAAAGAGGAAACCGCCCAAGGAUCUAUUCUUUGGAUCAACUGCUACAGGAAGCAGUGCUGGAUAUACGUCCGGAGUCAGAGGCUAUGCUCAGCGAAGGCACCAGGGUGUGUGCCUACUGGAGCGAACGCUCUCGCUGUUUAUACCCAGGCUAUGUUCACAGAGGUAGUUCAUCUGAUGAGGGGAAGCAGGGAGGAGUGAUGGUAGAGUUUGACGACGGCGACCGGGGGAAGAUUUCCCUCCCAAACAUCCGCCUCCUGCCUCCAGGAUACCAGAUCCACUGUGGAGAGUCAUCUCCUGCUCUCCUGGUGCCCAGCGGGACAACAGCCAAGAGAAGCUCCUGUCUGGAACUUCCCCCCAUGAAUGAUAGACUUACUGACAGACACAACACUACUAAUACUGUAGCCAACAGACAAACGCCAGUGACUCACAAAAGAAAACCAGGGAGACCCAAGGGUUCUGGGAAAAAUCAGAAGCAGCAGCAGCAGCAGGCUGCCAGUAAAAAUCCUUCACCUUUCCUUAGUUGGUCUUCUAUGGCCAACACCAGGAAAAGGACGUCCGACAAUCUCUUUCAGCUCAAUGGGGCAACCAGGAAGGUUCUGAAAGGGAAGGAUGAUGACCUGUUCCCCCUACCUCAGACACAACCGCUGACUUCUGUUCCAGUCAAGGGCCUUUUCAGCAGCCGCUCCUUUGAGGUGGACUCCUUCAGCAGCAUCGCAAAUGGCUACUCCUCCUUCUGUGCUCAGUCUACGGCUUUAUCUCUAGGCGCCAGAAGUGGGCUGUACAGCCAAAAGCGAAAGCAAGAGGAGUUGGUUAUUCCAAGAAGCAAGAAGUCUGGACAGGAGUUCCUGGUGAAGUUGGACCACGAAGGAGUGACUUCUCCUAAAACAAAGAACAGCAAGGCUCUGCUGUUGAGAGGUGUUCCCUCCGGUGUUAGUAGCGCCCCCAGGACAGAAGCAUACUCUCAUCCCGUACUGCUGGUUAAAGACAACAAAAAGGGCAGCGCAUCCAUGGUAGAACUUCUCCCGAAAGGAACCACACCCCAAAGAAAGUCCUCCCCUUCUUUGCGUCUUGGGGAAUACAGUGACUUGGGCUUCAGUUCCCAUCGCGAGUGCCACAUCUCCUACUCCGAUUUAGAUGAUGAAGAGGCAGAAGAAGAAGAGGAGAGAAGAAGAUCUGCAUUGACUGCGGCCUCAGGAGGACUAAGGACAACUGGCCACUUUCUUUCCCGCCUCUCUGUCUCCUCUUCCUCCUCUGGUUCUUCCAGCUCCUCAUCUUCAGGCUCGCUCUCCAGCUCCAGUUUGUGUUCCUCUGACAACGAUUCAUCCUACAGCUCAGAAGACGAGGACAGUUCAACGCUGAUGCUCCAGAGUUGUCUGUCCUCUCACCGUGGCCUCCUGCAACCCUCGGAACCCUCCACGUCUUCAAGGCCACACCAGCAUUCUUUUGUAGCCAAAGCCGUUGCUGUCUCCAACACAAAAGGGGGUCUCCCUGACCAGAUCUCCAACAAGUCUUUGAAGAGGAAAGAAUGCACCAGUUCCACCUCUAAGCCAUCCAAGGAAUUCACCAAGAAACCUAGAAUGCUUCCAAAUGACUCCUCAUUUAUUCCAAGACCCAAGAUGUCGGCAUUCCUUGCAGGGCGACAAAUGUGGAAAUGGUCGGGGGAUCCCACACAGAGGCGAGGUCUAAAGGGCAAAGCCAGGAAGCUUUUCUAUAAGGCCAUUGUGCGAGGGAGGGACACAGUGAGAGUGGGCGAUUGCGCUGUGUUCCUCUCUGCUGGACGCCCUAACCUCCCUUAUGUAGGUCGAAUUGAGAACUUUUGGGAAUCCUGGAGCUCCAGCAUGGUAGUGAAAGUCAAGUGGUUCUACCACCCUGAAGAGACCAAGCUAGGCAAGAGGCAUCGAGAUGGCAAGCAUGCCCUUUACCAGUCGUGCCACGAGGAUGAGAACGAUGUCCAGACAAUCUCUCAUAAGUGCCAGGUGGUGAGCAGGGAGGAGUAUGAGCGUCUGACUCAUAAUCAAAAGCCAAACAGCACCUCCUCAGACCUCUACUACCUGGCUGGAACGUACGAUCCCACCACUGGUCAGUUGGUCACUGCUGAAGGGGUUUCCAUCUUAUGCUGAACCUCUGUGAGGACACUACUGAAAGAACUAAUCUGACGGAAGGAUAAUAGUCCAUGACUUUACCUAGAAAAUAACCCAGCCUUGGAAGACGAGUGUUCCUUGGGUUUGCCUCAAGGAUCCAUGGAUUGAAAGUAGGCGCCAAAGCAGGGCUGUCCAAGGUUACACUGGAGUCUGUUGGCAACCAACCGGAGGAAGUGAAGCGGUUGACCCUUCAAGACUAAUACUAUAAAGUCUGGGCAUCAUAACUAUCAGUUAGAGGCAUAUUGAUCAACUAACUUUUUAAAACAGAUAUAUUCCGUGUGAUUGAAAGCUUCAUAACUGGUGUUAGGCCUCCUGCAUUCAGCCCCUAUCGUAUCUCACCAAAGGAUAGCGGAGCGUGCGCUGGACUGUGCAAAGUACCAUGAGGCCCAACAGUCUCUGGGGACCAAUUGUUUAAAGGUAGCCUUACCGGAGGGAAUGAAAACGAAGGCGAGGCACGGGGCUCCCCCUGUGCCUCUUCAUUCCAGGGAAGUUGAAACAUGUAUAAGAUGUAUUGUUGAUGUCUGUAAAUACUUUGAAUUUUCCCAAUCAAGCCAUACACUUCAGUACCUCUCACCUGUUUUACCUGUUCAGGUGUACAUUGUACAGUUGAAUUAUUGUAUUGCUGUCUGUUGUCUAUAUGUAUAUAAAAGCUAUUUUAUAUAGGAGUUUAUUGUAUAUAUGAGAUGUAUCUUUCCAUGUUUGCGAUUGAUUUAUUUUUAUAUGGCUGUAGAAUACAUUACGUCCUCUUUUCCUUUGCGUUGGGAAGCUGAGAUUGGAGAUCAGUUAGUGUUGCACUGCGUAUAGCCUGCUGACACAGACGGAGCACAGACAAAGACAGAAGGAUUUAGUCUAUAACAGGACAAGACUCGCUUUCUGAGAGCGGAGCAUUCCUGUUUAAAAAAAUAGGUCAAGUGGCUUUUUGUUUUUGUACUAGUGUUCUCCUACGUUGCAUUUUCGGUCGCCUGUCCUUUUUGCUUUUUAUUUAUGUACCUCUCGGUUGGUCAUCGUCACAAUGCAGAUCCCACCGGACUGCAAUCACGGGUCAGGUUUGAGUUAAGAGUAGUGAUAUAACAUUAUAACACAAUAUUUGUGUGUGAUGAGUGUUCUGGCAUCACUAUAAUAAUGUCCACACAAAUCAUUUUAAAACAAGACUGGGUCUUUUAAUGAAAUGUGUUAAGUGUGCGUCGCACCCGAUAAUGCGUGGUUUAGCACACGACGACCAAGAAAAAUACCAAAGUGUCUUUAGUAUCUUUAUUUACUUUAUUUAAAUUUAACAUGUGUCAAGCACCUGUAUUGAAGUCAAAUCAGAAAUCACUGGUAACGUAGAGAAUAUUUGUCCUCCACAAUGUGCAUACGUUUGGGCUUUGCAUCAAGUCAAUGGGCUCUGGCACAUUUACCUGCAGGUUUGCUUAUUGCAAAGUCAUGCAGCACAAGGCCAUCGGCGAGCGUGUGAAGGCAAGGCAACGUGUUCGAGUACUGACAAUUUGUUGGAGUUAGUCUAUUUUAGUUUCAUCCGCCACCUGUGUCUAUUUUGUACAGUACAUGCACACGCUCGAUGCGAACUGUGAAGGACAAUCAGAUUCACAAUGCGAUGGACAUAGAGUAGGUUCACUCCAUCUGAAAAUUACUUACGUUUAUUUAAUUUGUGCCAAGUACAUUUUGUCUAUUUUUGUCUUGUUUGAUAUGCAAUUCUGAGUAUUCUCUGUUCACAGAGUUUUAUUUUGUUCGCCAACAUUUUAUUUAUUGUCAGUGUUACUGUUUGUUCAUGCCAACAGCGCUUUAUGAGAAUGUGACAUUGUUUUUUUUCCUGGUAUGAUGUCACAUUUGCAUUUCUUAAAUAAAACUGGUCUUGUAGGGGCCGUCUAGUUAAAAGAAAUAAAGCAACACUGGAUUCUUCUCAUCUGCAAA